AGUACAUCGUCCUUGUGGGUGAGAGGAGACACGCUAUCGCAGUUUCAGAGCGCAGCUCGUUCACAUGCUGUGCUCAGUUUAAUCAACAACUAUUCGUGUUCAAGACGAUCGCUGAUAGUUCUGUAAAGAUAACAGCAGACUGCGAGGUUUCCAGUAUAGACAGUCUUCCCCGGAGCAUAAGAAAAGCCGCUGUGUUUGUAUUAAUGGAAGAGGCGAGAGUGAGACGCGUCUCUGAAAUGAAAGAAGAGAUGGAUAUCUGCGCAUCCUCCGCGUCUCUCCUUGAGGAAGAACUCGCCUCUGCUAUCGAGCCUGCAGUGAAAGCGGCUGUGCUGAGCGUCAUGUCUGCGUUAGCAAAGUUCGUGGACAGUAAAUGUGCAGUUUUCAAUCUCAGACUGGACGAAAGAGACCAAGAAUUUGAAAGCGUGAGAUUGCGAUUGGAAAUAGCGGAGAGCGAGUUGAAAGCAAUGCGAGACGGAGAAUACACGAACACUGGCGAUAAAAACUUCACCCAAUCUCUCACAAACACCAAUGAACAAUACUGCGGGGUUGACAUUGAUGUCCUUCAUGUCCCCGAGCUGCAGCAGGAAGAGCACAGAUUGGUCCACACGAGGACAGCGGAAUGGAGACACACAGUGGAAGGUCCUGCAGAGAGAAAUGCUCUCCCUCAUGCUGAGGAAGGGUCAAAGGCAGAAUCAGUUCCCAUUCAAGAGGAGCUCUUUGACCAGGAAUGGUGCACUAGUCCAGAGCAGGCUACAGAGCUGACAUCUAUUGAAGGGGAGGAGGAGACACCUGCACUAGAUCCUGUCCACAUUAAUGAAGAGAUCCCUGGAAUUGAACCGGUCAUCAUUAAAGAGGAGGUUCUUGAACUUGAAUCUGACCCCAUUGAAGAGGGGGGUUCUGACCACUUUGAAAGAGAGCAACAAAUUCACUCAGGAGAGAAACUCCAUCUCUGUACUGUUUGUGGAAAGAGUCUCAGUACUUCAACAGAGCUGAAAAGACACCACCGAAUUCACACAGGAGAAAGACCGUACUGCUGCACUGAAUGUGGAAAGAGUUUCAGUACCUCUACAGAACUGAAAAGACACAAUCGCUUUCACACAGGAGAGAAGUUACACCAUCUCAAAACGCAGCAGCAAAUUCACUAUGGAAAGAAGCUGUAUCACUGUAGUGGAUAUGAGAAGAGUUUCUCUCAGUUAGGAGCCCUGACAUUGCAUCAGCGAAUGCACACAGGAGGGAAGCUGAAUCGCUACACUGACUGUGCAAAGGAUUUCAGUCAAGCAGCAGAACUCAAAAUACAAAAGAGAUCUCACACAGGAGAGAAACCGUAUCGCUGCACCGAGUGUGAGAAGAGUUUCAAACAAGCAUCACAGCUUAAAGCCCACCAGCGAAUUCACACGGGAGAGAAGCCAUAUAGCUGUGAUUACUGUGGGAAGAGAUUCAUUCUGUCUGGAGACCUGAAAAGACACCAGCAAACUCACACAGGAGAGAAACCAUAUAGCUGUGAUCACUGUGGGAAGAGAUUCACCCUCUCAGGAGCACUGACAGUCCACCAGCGAAUUCACACAGGAGAGAAACCUUAUAGCUGCACGGAGUGCGAGAAGAGUUUCAAACAAAUAUCCCACCUUAAAGCCCACCAGCGAAUUCACACGGGAGAGAAGCCGUAUAGCUGUGAUCACUGUGGGAAGAGUUUCACUCGAGCAGGGAAUCUGGUGUCACACCUUCGGGUGCACACAGGGGAGCAGUCAACACUUUGCUCAAUAAAGGACACAUUUUAUUUUCCACUCCCAGUUGAAAAAGCUCACAGUAUCCAGACACUUCACUAGGAACAGUAGCACUGUGCCUCCAUCACAAGAUGACUCAGUCUAGUGGAAGUGAUCCCUUUGUCAAAAUUAACCCUGAUUGUCUGAGUUAUUAACAUCUAAAUCCUGGGACUGACCCAUCUGAUUUUUUUUGCAUAGAUGUAUAGGGUCAUUCCACGAGGGACAUUUCGUUGCCAGUUCGUUUCAGAUUUUCCUAGAUAAUUUCACCUGGGGGGUUUGUGACACACUGAGUUCAGAAAUGAUAGUCAUUUUAUUUUUUUUAAUGGGAAACUCGUGGUUUUAAAUAACUGUUUUUACAAUUUGUUCAAUUAAUUUUUUAG